GUGGCAGGUGGGCGGGCCAAUGGCGCGGGACGCGCGCGGCGGCGGGCCCGGGGCGGCGGCGGGCCCGGGGCGGCCAUGGAGCGCGUGAGCAGCACUAUGAAGCAGGUGUCCAAUCCGCUGCCCAAGGUGCUGAGCCGGCGGGCGGGCGGCGGCGGCCUGGAGGCGGAGCGGGAGAGCUUCGAGCGCGCCCAGACCGUCAGCAUCAAUAAGGCCAUUAAUGCGCAGGAAGUGGCUGUCAAGGAGAAACACGCCAGGACAUGCAUCCUGGGCACACACCAUGAGAAAGGAGCACAGACCUUCUGGUCAGUGGUGAACCGGCUGCCGCUGUCCGGCAAUGCCGUGCUCUGCUGGAAGUUCUGCCAUGUCUUCCACAAGCUCCUUCGGGAUGGACAUUCCAAUGUCUUGAAAGACUCCAUGCGAUACAAGAAUGAGCUGAGCGACAUGAGCAGGAUGUGGGGCCACCUGAGCGAGGGCUAUGGUCAGCUCUGCAGCAUCUACCUCAAACUGCUGAGAACCAAGAUGGAAUUUCACACCAAGAAUCCCCGAUUCCCUGGAAAUCUGCAGAUGUCCGACCGGCAGCUUGAUGAGGCUGGGGAGAAUGAUGUCAAUAACUUUUUUCAGCUGACGGUGGAGAUGUUUGAUUACCUGGAGUGUGAGCUGAACCUCUUCCAGACAGUGUUCAGCUCCCUGGACAUGUCACGCUCAGUGUCAGUGACAGCAGCAGGGCAGUGCCGUCUGGCCCCACUCAUCCAGGUGAUUCUGGACUGCAGCCACCUCUACGACUACACCGUCAAGCUGCUCUUCAAGCUCCACUCCUGUCUACCGGCAGAAACACUGCAGGGCCACCGAGAUCGUUUCCUGGAGCAGUUCCGAAAGCUCAAGGACCUUUUCUACCGCUCCAGCAACCUGCAGUACUUCAAGCGGCUGAUUCAGAUUCCACAGCUGCCAGAGAGCCCUCCCAAUUUCCUGCGUGCCUCUGCACUGUCAGAGCACAUCAGCCCUGUGGUGGUGAUCCCCGCCGAGGCGUCCUCGCCUGACAGCGAGCCCAUCACCGACCUGGUGGAGAUGGAUGCAGCCUCACAGAGCCUGUUUGAUAACAAGUUUGAUGACAUCUUUGGCAGCUCCUUCAGCUGCGACCCUUUCAACUUCGACAGCCAGAAUGGGAUGACCAAGGAUGACAAGGACCGGCUAAUUGAGCAGCUUUAUGGGGAGAUCACAGCCCUCAAGGAGGAGCUGGAGAACUUCAAGGCUGAGAGCGCACGGGGUGCGGUGCAGCUGCGUGGUCGUGCCAGUGAGCUGGAGGCCGAGCUGGCUGAGCAGCAGCACCUGAAGCAGCAGGCACAGGACGAGAGUGAGUUCCUGCGUGCAGAGCUGGAGGAGCUGAAGAAGCAGCGGGAGGACACGGAGAAGGCUCAGCGGAGCCUGACAGAAAUAGAGAGACGGGCACAGGCCAACGAGCAGCGGUACAGCAAACUGAAGGAGAAAUACAGUGAGCUGGUGCAGAACCAUGCUGACCUGCUGCGCAAGAACGCAGAGGUGACCAAACAGAUUACAGUGGCCAGGCAGGCCCAGGGGGAUGUGGAGCGGGAGAAGAAGGAGCUAGAGGACUCCUUCCAGCGGGUGAGCGAGCAGGCACAGAGGAAGUCUCAGGAGCAGGCAGAGGUGCUGGAGACACUGAAGCGGGAGCUGGCAGCCAGCAGACAGGAGCUGCAGGUCCUCCAGGGCACACUGGAGUCCAGCACACAGGCAGGAGCAGAGCAGAACACUCAGAUUGCCAGACUGGAGCAGGAGAGGGACAGGCUGAGCCAAGCAGCAGAGCAGCACAGGGACGAGAUGGCAGCUCUGCAGACUGAGCUACGUCAGCUGCGGGACACGCUCAGCCGCAAGCAGGAGAGCAGCAGGACAGAGCUGGAGGUGCUACAGGCCCAGCUGAGAGACAAGGAGAGCACAGAGUGGGCACUGCAGCAGCGCCUGGCCAAGGAGCAGCUGUCCCUGCUGCAGGGCACCAUGCUGGAGGCCAAGCGCAUGGUGCAGGACGCCCUGGCUCGCAUGGAGGAUCCUGCUCACAUCAGCUGCACCGGCUCAGCAGAUUGCCUCCUGUCCCAGACACUGGCAGCCUCUGAGUGCACAGAGCGCCUGCGGGACGCACACAGCAAGUACCUUUCGGAUGGCGCAGCCUGUGCCUGCUGUCCUGCUGCAGCCGUGGGCUCCCUGCUGCCUUGCCUGGCCCUCUUCGCCCACCUGGUCAGCAACACCCUCCUGCAGGGCAGUGCGACCUCCCAUGUGGCCCCUGUGGAGCCUGCAGACCGUCUGCUGGAGCUGUGCAAGCGGUGUGGCAGUGAGGCUGUGAGCUACCUCAGCGCCCUGCAAGACCCAGGGACGGUGGCAAGUGCUGACUGCACCCUGGUGACAGCCUGCCUGGGCCAGAUCAGCGCCAUUGGGGAGGAGCUGCAUCCCAGAGGUCUGGAUGUCAAGCAGGAGGAGCUGGGUGACCUAGUGGACAAGGAGAUGGCAGCGACAGCCACAGCCAUCGAAACAGCAUCUGCCCGUAUUGAGGAGAUGCUGAGCAAGGCACGGGCUGGUGACACUGGAGUCAAACUGGAAGUUAAUGAGAGGAUCCUGGGCUCCUGCACAGGCCUCAUGCAGGCCAUCCAUGUCCUGGUCCUGGCCUCCAAGGACCUCCAGAGAGAGAUUGUCGAGAGUGGACGGGGUGCAGCAUCCCCCAAGGAGUUCUAUGCCAAGAAUUCACGCUGGACCGAGGGUCUCAUCUCUGCCUCCAAGGCAGUGGGCUGGGGUGCCACUGUCAUGGUUGAUGCUGCUGACCUGGUAGUGCAAGGCAAGGGGACAUUUGAGGAGCUGAUGGUCUGUUCCCGGGAGAUUGCGGCCAGCACCGCGCAGCUGGUGGCAGCCUCCAAGGUGAAGGCAGACAAAGACAGCGCCAACCUCUGCAAGCUCCAACAAGCCUCCCGAGGCGUCAACCAGGCCACAGCCAGCGUGGUGGCCUCCACCAAGGCUGGGAAGUCUCAGGUGGAGGAGAAAGAUAGCAUGGACUUCUCCAGCAUGACACUCACCCAGAUCAAGCGUCAGGAGAUGGACUCACAGGUGCGGGUGCUGGAGCUGGAGAACCAGCUACAGAAGGAGCGGCAGAAGCUGGGGGAGCUGCGCAAGAAGCACUACGAGCUGGCUGGCGAGGCAGAAGGCUGGGAGGAGGAUGGAGCCGCCUCCAGCACCAGAGCCGAGCUUCCAGCCACACCCCGGGGCCAGGAUGAGGGCGCAAACCACACCUGUAUUUAUUAGAGCUGCUGGGGGUGGGGGGAGGUGUCUACGCGGGGGUCUUUAACCCUUUAGUUUUGUUUUUGCACAGAUUCUGGGAACUCCUAGAGCCGUCUCUGGCUGAGCAAGAGUGGUUAGUCUUCUCUUGCCUCUUGCUGCUUUUCCAGCCUUAAUCCAGCCCCUGGCUCAUUAAGAAUGUCCCCCCUGUCCCAGGAAUGAGCAUGCUGAAGGUCCUAGGGGUGCCACUGGGCAGAGGACAGCUUUUGGGGUGCUGCUGGGCUUGGUGCUAAGUGUGCUCCCCCUUGGUGGGGACACCGAGUGCCUUUGGCCACUGCAGGCUGAGAGGUGGUGUCCCAUGGGAUACCCUGGCUGGUUACACAGGGUGCCAGGAACAGUUAGGAAAGGGGCAGCAGCAGGAGGGCUGCUGCCAUGAGCUCCUGCUCCUCAUUCUAGGUCUCUAAAAUGCCUCCCAAGCCCUCCCUGAACUGGGAUGCUCUGCCCUGACAGUUCACUGUGUUCAUGCCAGCAAUAAACCCUCCGCAAGGUGCUGGGUGUGGGUUUGGGCCACAACAGUGCCACUGCACAAGCCACCAGCUCCUGGAGAUGGGGGGCAACUCUAGGGCAGCAGCACAGAGAGUUUGGGGGGAAGUCAGGGUGCCCCAAAACCACAGCACCCCAAAGCCAGAAUAAGCAGCUCCCUGUCCCUGCUCACUUUGGUGCCACCCUGGUGUCACCACCCUCUUGGAUGAUGCGGGACCAGGGCCAGUGUGGCGGUGGGCAGGGGUGGCCAUGGGGCUGGCACCAACCGGGUAACCUUUGUGCCUUGAGCAGGGGGCUCAGAGGGCAGGGGGCAUGAGCCACCUCUGGGCCCCCCAGCUCAUCUCGCUGCAGUGGAGACAGUGAUGUCAGACCAUGCAGCAAUGUCCCCAUGCCCCAUGGUCCUGCUGGUGCCCCUGCUGGGGCCACUGUCCCUCCUCUUGAGGUGCUGAGGACAGGAUUUGGUCUUUCUCCCUUUGGGAACAGGCUGGGCUGUCACUGUGUGCUUUCCCAGCAAUGCCCACCUGUCAGGACACAGCUAGCACCUAGAGCAGUGGGACCUGCCACCACUGUGGCCUCAGAGCUGCCACCCCUCCACGCAGCCAUCCAGUGUGCAGGGACCCACCGUUCCCGUGUGCCCUCCCAGCCCUGCUGUUGGACCACCCACUCUGUGCUCCAGCUUGCCAGAGGGACCUGGACCUCCCCCUGAGGGUCCUGCCGCUUCCCCAUCCUCAACCCAUGCUGGCUCCCCUCGGAUGCAAUAUCAGCCAUCCUGUUCCUGCAGGACACAGGGAGCCCCAAAACCCUCCCCACUUUUUUGGGGGGAGUCUUGCCUGCACGCCCAACUACCUCAGGCCUCAGGGCCGGGGAGCGGGGGUCACAGUUGCAUUGGGAGCUUGGGGACAGCAGCACCACUCUUGGCCAAAUCCACUUGUCCCUUUUGUAUCUCAGCCAGGCAUGGGCAGAGGGUCCCUGCGGUGUCCCCAGUGAUGGCAACUGGUGACAGGGAUGGCAGGGGUAGCCCCCACUGCAGGGCGAAAUGAUUUGGGUUUUCAUUGUAUGAUAAAAUGACCAUGUUGUUUGUUUUGGAUUUUUCAAUAAAGCCUUCGGCCCAGCCCUGCAGCUUGUGGGGAGCUACA